AUGCGGCCGCUAUCCGCGCUCCUCAUCUUCACCUUGCUCACGUUUGCCCUUCUCGCCGCCAUCUUGGCGAGCGGCAUCCUGAUGGGCGCGGGCAACGCGGCCGCGUGGGGCGUGGCGCCACUCUCGAUGGUGUUCGUGAUCGGCCUCACCUUCUUCGGCGAGCGCGCCUGCUUUGCCAGGCCGGCGUCUGAGCCAUUGACCAGCGUGGCGACCAAGCCGCGGCUGCACUGGCUGGACAACGCCAAGGCCACCCUGAUCACGAUGGUAGUCGUGGGCCACUCGGCGAUGCCCUUCAUCGGCCAAGGCGCCUUCCUCUCGCUCAAGCCCGCGCCGCUGAGCUGGUACACGGCCACCGCCCUCACCGGCACCGCGCUGCUCAAGCCGCUCGUCGUGCCGCUCUUCUUCUUCAUCUCGGGCUACUUCUCGGUCUCUGGCCUCGCCCGCAAGGGCCCGGGCGCCUUCCUUCGCGACUCCUUCUGGCGGCUCGGCCCGGCCUACUUCCUCUUCUGGCUCGUCGUCAACCCGCUCAACAGCCUCUUCGGCUUCGCUCUCGCCUCGCCUAGCGACGGCGCCUUCUCCUACUUCCCGGACAGCGCCGCAACGUGGUUCCUCUCGUGGUUGCUCGUCUUCCAGUCGAUCUGGUCGCUCGUGGACAGGCCACUGCCGCCGAUGGAGCCGCCCUCGUUCGGCAGGCUCGUCCUCCUCUCGCUGGGCGUGGCCGCCGUGCAGCUUGUCGCCUCGCUCAUGUGCGCCCUCGCCGGCGCCACCCUCGGUUUUGGCUCGAUGCCGAUGGCCGGGCCCGGCGGCGACGGCUUCCUCAACGCGCUGGGGUUCGUCGGCGGUCUGCUCGCCAAGUGCCACGACUGGCUCGCGCGGCCACCGCCGCUGAGCCUCGUCCGCCCGGCGCGAUGGUACGUGGGCGUCUGCGCCGUGUUUGUCGCGCUCUUCUUCUUCCUAACGCUCGCGCCCGGCGCACCCGGCAACGGCUUCGCCGGCUCGGGCGGCUUCACGCCAUGCUUCUUCGCGCUGCAGCUCCCGCUCGGCCCCUACUGCGCGUGCGUGCUCGUGCUCGCGCUCGACGUCUUCCAGCGGCGCGCCAACUUUGAGACGCGCCUCACCAAGUUUCUUGCGGGCGGCGCCUUCGGCGUCUACCUGCUGCAGUAUUGGGCCGUCACGGGCUUCACGUACGUUUACGUCCUGCUGCUCGAGCAGGCCUCCGACGCCGACAUCGUCUUCGUCAACUCGACGACGAGCAGCUCACCCGUGAGCGACGGCGAGCUCUUUGGUGGCUUCUUCUUCGUGGCCGCGUGCAGCGUGAUCGCCAGCUUUCUGGUGGGCGGCGCGCUCAAGUUGGUCCCCGGGCUGAGCCGGGUGCUCUGA